AUGGGCCAUCCACUGCUUCUCAAAACAGCCAACCUGGACCCUGUUCCUGAGGAUAGACCAGGGACAGAAGCUCCUCCAGCACCUGCCUCUGCGGCCAUCACUUUCUCUACUUCAUAUACAGAAUGUUAUGAUAGCAGACUUUUCGUUGAGGCAAACGGACAAAAAGUCAACGUAUACACUAAGGGGGUUUUUGAUGACGUGCCUCUAAUUUUCUUCGUCCACGGGGCAGGCUUUUCUGGUCUUUCCUUUGGGCCUCUAGUUAAGCGUGUGCACACAGAAGGAUUCUGUGCAGCCCUGGAUUUGCGCGGCCACGGUCUUACGGUCAAUGAGGAUGGUACUACUGCACUAGGAGAUAGCAUGACAAUCGAGAAUUUUGUAGCUGACUGUAAAGCAGUUUUGGACCAUCUUUUCACACAUAUGUACAAGCCUGCAAAUGAAAAUGCCCAGAAAAAGUCUAUUCUGCUGUGUGGUCACUCUCUUGGCGGGAGUAUCGUUGCGCGGCUUGCAGUUGAGCUCCAGGAGUCCUAUGACAUCCAGCUCUGCUGCCUGAUUGAUAUCAAUGAGACGGUGGCAAUAGGUGCAAUUCCCAACAUGAUGUCUGUUUUGAGGAAGAAGCCGCUUGCAUUCUCCUCUGAGGAGGCCCUGGUGAGUUGGCUACUGUCGUCCCACACACUCUACAGCAGGUCUUCUGCGCUUUUCCAGGCUCCUGGGUUGAUUCACGGGUCGCAGCAUCCAAACUCCGGAAGGGUCAUUGCAGAUCUGAUCAACUCCGACGAUAACUGGCGGGACUGGUUCAUCGGAUUGAAUGACAACUUUCUUGGCAAAUACCCUGGCUACAAGCUGCUCUUUAUAGGUGGAAUGGAGAAGCUUGACAAAGAGACGGAAAUAGCGCAUAUGCAGGGCAAGCUUUCGAUUGAGGUGGUACCCAACAGUGGUCACAAUCUCCAUGAAGAUGACCCCAAUACCGUGGCCUUUUACUUCAUCAAGUACUUACGCCGAAUGCAUCUCUCGAAGAAGCUGAUUCACAAACCCUUCGACUUCAAGAAGAAAGACCCCGAUGAGGAUCCAAUUCCCCUGGAAGAAAUCAAGCGUCUCUACGGCAGUGGGCAAUGA